AUGGAGGGCGAAGGGAACUAUUUCAAGGCCUGCAUACUCCGUAAAGCGCGUCGCGUUCACGUUGAGGCCAAUUCGAAAAGUGGCGUUUAUGCGAUUCCCAGCACAAUCCAAUUGACUUUCAUUCUUCGAUGUCUCGUGUCAUUUUGUGUGGGAACAAUGGUAAUAUGCAGAUCACUACGCGCUUUUCCGUACUCCGUACUAUGA